AUGCUUGGUAUGCAUGUUUUCACCUCAAAUAAAUAUGGAACACGACCAAAACGACUACAAAAACUUUAUUUUACUUACACGUCAUUACUUUCGCCAAACUCAAAUUUAUGUAGCGAUUUCGCAAUGAUAUCGGCUCAAAUAUUGGAUUUAGUGCAUAUUUUGAUUACACUGGAUGGAGUUAAGUUGAGAUUGACUCAAGCAUUAGAAUGUAGACCACUUAGUAUGAUUGCAUUUCGCACGUCAUUCGUUAUGAAGAAAAUGUAA